CGCAAAAAAAGUCAUGGACAAUUCAGCAGCCUCUGCAUCAACGUCGGUUUAUCAAUGAGGUUCAGCCUCAAACAAUGUUGAAACGCAAACGCUCUGAUUCGCUCAGCGGUGACGACGAUGCCGUCAGCUUCUCCGAAGAAAGCUCUAGCUCACCGCCACCAAGGCAAAGCCUACGAACAGUACGGGCGGAGAGCAAACUCCAAACCGGUAUUGCCAACGUGCACAAAGCCUUGAAGCUCGCUGCAGGGCUCGAGAGACAGAAACUGGGGCGGCGACGAAAGGAAGCGACCGAAAAGGGAGAUGCGAAAUUGAAGGAGCGCUUAGAUGCUGAGUACAUCGCGUGCAAAACUCUGAGCCUGCGAGAUGUGGCUCAAAUACAUCUAUGUAAAGUUCUGAACAAGAUCAAGUCUAUUUCGGCCAAUCCUGCUCGACCACCUCUCCUCGAUGCACCUUCGAAGACCUUCGGGUCAGAAACUGCGACCUUGAACGUAGCGGCACGGCUCUAUAAAGCCGAUCCUGUUAAGAAGGCGGUAUCGCAUGCAAUUGAAGAUCUGGUGAAGUCCCUCGGUCCGGUGGAGGAUAUUUCCAAAAAGGAUGACCGUCGAUACACCUCCGACACAGGGAAUGGCGACGAGGAAUGGUCUGGGAUCUCGAGCAGCGAGAAUGGUUCCGACAUGCAGAUAAAUCGGCAUAAGGAUCUGGUGGCAUCUGAUGAUGGUGAACGCGAUGAAUGUUUUCGAGGCAUCCGAGACAAAGCAACAAGACCCGGUAUAACGAAAUCAGCUUUCAUGCCAACAUUGACAAUGGGAGGCUAUUGGUCGGGAUCAGAAUCAGAAGCUGAGGAUCUAGAGGAAGAUCUCGCUCCGAAGAAAAAUCGACGUGGUCAGCGAGCAAGACAACAACUAGCUGAAAAGAAAUUUGGACAGCAAGCGAAGCAUCUUCAAAAGAAAUCAAAAGACGAAAGAAAUGCGGGCUGGGACCCAAAGAAGGGUGCCCAGUUAACAGGUGAUGACCGGUCGCGGAGCCGAGGGGCCAGAAUUUCAAACAAGAGCAAAGAAAGAUUUCGUCCAGCGGUCUCGACGGGCGCAAAUUCGGCACCAUUAAAAGCUACGAAACUGAAAACGAGGGAUGACACAGGCCCUGUGCAUCCGUCUUGGGAGGCUGCUAAGAAGGCAAAAGAGCAGGCACAGACUGCACAGUUCUCUGGGAAGAAAAUCACGUUUGAUUGAAGUAUGUCCUUUCCCGGGAGAUCCUGAGAUGCCGUGGACCAUUUCCGCGGUCUCUUUGAUAGAAAGACAACGAUGAAGAAUACUUGUGCGUCCUUUAGACCACAUCUAAAGGUACUGAUAAGUGAACCUCCCAGAUGACGUCCGUUAAUGUGUAGCUAUCAUUAGUACUUGACUGAGAGAGAGAAAAUGGCACCCUCGGCAUUGCCCAUUCCUCC